AUGAGCUCAAUCUAUGGCAUCAGUGAUCAGGGCAUGCCCCUACUCCCUUUGAUUCUCAGAGUGACUGUGCCCUGGUUCUCUAAAAAAGCCAAGCUCGAUGCCAAGAGCGGUCUGGAGGAUGCUGCGCACCUGCUCUGGGGUGACUCCGUGUGUUUGGUCAGGGGAUGCCCGCGCGCCUGUCCGGUGAGAGUGCACACCUGCGCCGCGGAGCUGCCUCUGUGCCUCUCGGGGCGGGUGUGUCCAAGCCCCGGGUGUGAUGCUCGUCCCGCCCCGCCGCGGCUGAUGUUCCCGCCCGGGUGUGGUGGGUGGGUGCAGCCAGCCCACCCGGGCAGUGGGCAGGGAGGCGGGGAGGGCCGGGGCCAGCCCCGCUCUGAUCCCUCCUCCUCCUCCUUCCCCGCCCGCCGCCUUUUCCCCGCUGCCGCCGCCGCCGCCCGCCGGGCGCAUCCCAGCGGAGUCUGUCGGAACUCGGGGCGGCGGCGUUCGCCGCCGGCCAUGGCCGUGCCCGCCGCGCUGCUCAGCCCCCACCACCUCCUCUCCUUCUGCUUCCCCGCCGCCGGCGGGCUCCUGGGCUAUGCCGACCUGGAAAAGGGUUACGAGGGCGGCGGCGGCGACGCGGGGGACUUUAGAGAAGCCACCCGGGACCUGCUGAGCUUCAUCGACUCGGCUUCCAGCAACAUCAAGCUGGCGCUGGACCGGCCGGUGAAGUCCCGGCGGAAGGUGAACCACAGGAAGUACCUGCAGAAGCAGAUCAAGCGCUGCACCGGCAUCAUCGCCGCCGCCUCCCCGCCGCCCGCGCCGCCGCCCGCCGCCUGCCCCGCCAGGCCCCCGCCGCGCCGGGAGCCCGCGCAGGCGGCCGGCAGCAGCCUCCAGAGCAAGAGCCUGGCCGCCCUCUUCGGCUCCCUGCAGCGGGGCCGGGGCGCGGCGGGCGGCGCCGAGGCGAGGGCGGGCGGCGGCGGCGCGGGAGGCGGGGAGAAGGCGGCGGGCGGCCCGCGGAAGGUGCCGCUGCGGGACCGCAACCUGCCGCCCUCCUUCUUCACCGAGCCGGCGCUGCCCGGGCCCGCCGCCCGCGGGCCGCCCGCCAAGGAGCCGGAGAAGGGCGGCGGGGGCGCGGAGGCCGCCGAGUUCUUCGAGCUGCUGUGCCCCGAGUACGGCGCGCUGCUGCCCGAGCACGCCGUCCCGACCGACGGCUUCGGCGGCCGCCUGCCCGCCGAGCUGGGGCUGGAGCACGGGCUGUACGAGCUGCCGCUGCCCGCCGGGCCGCACCCGCUGCUGGGCGGGCUGCUGUACCCCGAGCCGCCCUGGAGCCCGGCCGCGCCCUGCAGCCCGCCCAGGAAGGCUCCGACCGAGCCGCUGCGCCCGCUCUACCCCGGAGGCGCGGAGUCCGUGCCCGGCGGCGGCGGCGGCGAGGAGCCCGGCGGGCACCUGCCCGCAGGGUUCGCCUCCUUCUUCCCCGAGUGCCCGCUGCCCCCGCCGCAGCCGCCCUACGACUACGGCGGCGGGUACCACCGCGGGGGCUACCCCGGGCUGUAG